GCGGGUAAUGGCCGCGGUCGAGGUGGCAGUCUAGGCGACGUGUUGUUCGCACCGGCUUUCAGAGCGGCUGGCCGCGGGCUCGCAUGAACGCGCACCGAGGGCACGACCGAAGAACCGCGUCAGCACCUCGGGGGGGAGUUUAGUCGUCCGGCCGAACCAUGACCGAUCUGGAGUCGGCCGUUUAGCGUCGCCGUGCGAGUUGGCGAACCGGUUCGGAGAAACCGUUGCCGGACCUAAGCUAAAACCUAGCCUGCGGUGACAUUUCGGUUCAUUUGCCCGACAUUGAACUGCGUGAGCUAUCCUACGUUGCAUCACCCGCGGGCCCCAGCACCGGCUAACUGCCCCGGACCCGGACCCGGUCCCGGACCCCCUCGCUUUGUUUUUGUUUAUUCUCCGUCCUCAGCCGACAUGUCAUCGUGGCUGGGCGGCCUGGGCUCUGGCCUCGGCCAGUCUCUCGGCCAGGUCGGGGGGAGCUUGUCCUCCUUCACCGGCCAGAUAUCCAAUUUCACCAAAGACAUGCUGCUGGAGGGCGUGGAGGAGGUAGGAGAUGCGACCACAGAACUGCAGGUGUCCACUUCCAAGCUGGCAGAAGUGGAGGCUGCAUUCGCUGCUCAGAAGUCUGAGCAUGAUAGACUAAAGAAGCUUCAUGCAGAGCUGGAGGAGAAACUGGAGGCCUCAGAGAUCCAGAUAAAACGCCAGUCUGCAGAAUAUAGAACAAUGCUGCAGCAGAAAGACGUGGAGAUCAGUCACCUGAAGGCUCGGCAGAGUGGCUUACAGGAGGACGUUCAGAAGCUGCAGCUGUCGGCCCAGUCCAUCUCCGCCGGUGCCGCCGUGCUCCCCGUCACCACCGCCUCCACGACUGCCACGUCCUCGCAGGCUUCCUCUUUCCUCCCAACCACCCUGGGGUCCCACCAGGGCUUCCACGGCGAGGAGAUGGACCUCAGCGAUGUCAUCUGGUCGCAGCAGGAGAUCAACCGCCUGUCAACAGAGGUCAUGCGUCUGGAGGCUGAGGUGUCUCAUUGGCGGCGCAUGUCUCAGGUGUCGAAAACCUCAGGAGCCGUAAGCGGCGACCAGGGUGAGAUUCUCACGCUUCAGAGGACUAUUAAGGAAUUGCGGGAGGAGAUGAGUCGCGAGGUGGACGAGCACCAGCAUGAGCUUGCAGCCCUGCAAGACGCCCAGCGGCAGAAGAUGGCCGACGUGACUCGGCGACACAGAGAGGAGCUGGCGGAGUAUGAAGAGAGGAUAGAAGAGCUGGAGGACCAGAUUCAGAGUGGUAGUGCUCAAGCCUCCCCCACAGUGGACUCUUCAAAGCUGCUGGAUCUCCAGAGAACAGUCAGUUCUCUCCAGGAGGAGGCAGCGCAGCGGGAGAAGCAGCUGCAGGAGCUCAACGCCACCUUGGAGGAGGCUAAGCAGAGGCAGGGCUCACUGGAGCUGGAGAAGGACGAUGCCCAGGUGGAGAACGCAGAGCUGCUGCAGAACUACGCCCGGUUGCAGGCGUCGGUCACGGAGCUCCAGGCACGAGUACAGGAGCAAGAGGAGAAGGCUCUUCAAAAGGCCCAGCUGGAAAGUGAGAUCCAAGGGCUGAAGCAAGCCCUUGCAGGUGCGGAAAAAGAAAUACAAAGGCUGAAGAGUGUUGCAGAGAAUGAACCAAAGGAAGAAGUUGAGCAUGCAGACAUCUUGGAGCUCAACACCAUUAUUGAGUCAGUGAGGCAAGAAAAAAAUACUCUGGAGCGUGAAAAGCUUGAGCUUCAAGAGAGGUGCAAAGAGGCAGAGAGAAGAGCAGCCAGCAUUGAAGAAGGAGAAAACAGUGACCCGGAGCAGUUGGAGUACCUGAAGGCAGAGCUGGAGAGGGCUUUGAAGGCCCUGAAGGAUGCCCAGGAGGGACAGGACACCCUCAUGUCUGAGCUGGAGGAGCUUGACCGGCAAAACCAGGAAGCUACACAGCAUAUGAUCUCAGUCAAGGAGCAACUUUCUGGACAAGUAAAAGAGGCAGAGUCAGAGGUGACCCGAUUGUCUGCUGAGCUCAGCAUAGCCAAAGACCAGAAAAAAGCAUUGCAGGAAGAGUUGGAGGCCCAGAGGGAGAAACUAAGCCAGAGUGCCUUCACCCUGAAUGACCUUCACAUGGGAAGGCAGCAAAUGGAGAACACGGUGAAGGAGCUGAAGGACAAACUGGGCCUCGCGCAGGAACAGAGCAGAGAAUCGCACAAGAAGACCUCGGAGCUGAAAAAAACUCUCCAGGAGACUGAGGAGCAACUGUCCACUACCAAAGCGGAGAUGACUCAGAUGGCGGAGAGAAGCGGUAAAGAAGAAGGGACUAGAGACGAGUUAGAAGAGAAGGAGAGGGAGGUGUCGGCCCUCAGGAGAGAGCUGGCAGAGAUGAAGACCUCUCAUGAUAAGGUGAUGUCAGAAGACUUUGAGAUGAAGAUGGAGAACAGAAGAUUGAAGGAACAAUGUGAGCAGGCUAUGGAUAGGAGCUUGGAGGAGUUGAACAGGCAAGUGAGGGAAGGCCAGGCUGUCCUAAACAGGACAGUGCUGGAGAAGGACACUCGCGUUGAGGCUCUGAAACUGGAGAUAAGCCAGCUGGAGGGAGAGCUAAGCCAGUUGGAGAGGACACUGGCAGAACAAGCUAAACAAUACCAACAGACAAUAGAGGAGCUGACCCGGGCACGUUCCAUGGACGACUCAGCCUUGCAGACAGAGCAUGAGCGCGCUAUAAAACUGAACCAGGAAAAGGAUCUGGAGAUAGCCCAAAUGAAAAGGGACAUGGCGCAGAUGGCAUCCGAUCACAGGGACACCAAUGAAAUGCUCUCCAUCACAGUUUCAGGGCAAAAGCAGCUGACAGACCUGCUGCAGGAGAAGGACGCCUUUGCAGAGAUGCUCAAACAGAAUGCUGCCGAAAUGCAGCACGAGAUGGAAAACAGCAUCUCAGCUGCAACCAAAGAAGCUGGGGCAUUGAGACAGGCACUGGAGGAUAAGGACAAACAGCUGAGUGGAAUGAAGGAGGAGAACAGCCACCUGAAAGAGGAGAUUGACCGCCUCAGAGACCAACAGAGCAGAACACAGCCCCUGGCCGAGCCCCGGACCCUGGAUAUAAUUACAGAGCUGGAGACUGAGAUUACCCAGCUCAAGUCCUCCAGGGAGGCCCUGGGAGAUGAGGUUCAGACCCUGAGAAGAACCACAGAGGAGCAAGAAGCUUCUCUGCUCCUAUCACAGAAAUCCGUACAGGCCCAGCAAAGCGAGCUGGAGGAGAUCACCCUCAACUACAACCAACUCAUCCACGCCCGGGAUGAAGAGAUCGCUCACCUCCAGCAGAUGGUGGCUUCGCUCACUGAGCUUCAGGGCCAUGCUGAUCCUCCACCCAUUCAGGGAGAGGUCAUCCUACAGGAGGAUAAGACUCAGUCAUUGAUCGGGGAGAACGGUAAUGAGAAGCAUGACCUGUCCAAGGUGGAGAUAGAGAAGCUGGUAAGGGGCAUCAAAGAGAAAGAGAAUGAGAUCAGCCAGCUGAACGAAAAGAAUCUCUCACUUGCCAAGCAGCUGGACCAGCUGGUGGUGUCUCGCGAUGAGGUGGGCAAGCUGUCCCAGAUGGUCCUGCAGAAGGAUUUGGAGCUCCAGGCACUUCAUGCCCGAGUGUCCAUGGGCGGGCACAGCCAAGACAUCAUGCUCCUCCAGCAACAGUUGCAGGCAUACGCCAUGGAGAGGGAGCAGGUGCUGGCCGUGCUGAAUGAGAAAACCAGGGAGAACGGCCAGCUGCGCUCUGACUACCACCGCAUUAUGGACAUCAUGGCAGGUAAGGAGGCAGCCCUGCUGAAACUCCAGCAGGAGAACCAGCGUCUCUCCAAUAUGAGUGAUCCCACGGGGAGCCAGGAAAUGUUUAGGGAGACCAUCCAGAACCUGUCACGCAUCAUCCGAGAGAAGGACAUAGAGAUCGAUGCCCUGACCCAGAAGUGCCAGACCCUUGUGACUGUGCUCCAGUCCUCAGGGGGGGAAGCCGAUGGUGGUUCGGGGGGCGUAAGCAGCAACCAGUUUGAGGAGCUGCUGCAGGAGAGGGACACACUCAAACAGCAGGUGAAGAAGAUGGAGGAGUGGAAGCAGCAGGUGAUCACCACAGUGAAAAACAUGCAGCACGAGUCCGCCCAGCUGCAAGAGGAGCUUGUUAAGCUCCAGGGCCAGGUUUCUGCUGACAGCGACUGCAGCUCCAGGCUAUCAGUGGACUACGCCCGGCUGAUACAAAGCUAUGAGCAGAAGGAAAGGAAGCUGGGCAGCUUGAGCCAGGAGCUUGCUCAUGUCCAGCAAACAAUCAGCCAGCUCAGCACCACCAAGGACGUUCUCCUAGGUAAACUGGACAGCGUUGUGCCGACUCCGGACGUCACUCAGGCCGUCCAGGCAAGUGGGCUAUCUCUGACGGUAGAACCCCCAAGUCAACAGGGGGCAGCACCAGGAAAUGAUAAGGUGUUUCGACAAGAGCUUCAGUCUCUGCGAGCGCUGCUUGUCGAUCGGGAGUCGACAAUCAGGACUCUUCAAGAGAACAACUACCAUCUCUCCAACUCAGCCUCAGCCUCAGAGAGCGAGCAGAGGAGUCGGGCAGAGGAAGUGCGGCAGGUCCGAGAGAGGCUGGAAGCGCUGCAGAGGUCAGUGAGGGAGAAAGACCUACUCAUCAAAGCCAAAGGAGACCAGCUGAGCCAGGUCAGUGAGGCACUGCACAACCGUGAGAGCGACAAUGAGGUGCUGAAGCAGGCAGUCACCAACCUGAAGGAGCGUGCCCUCAUCCUGGAGCUGGACGUAAAGAAGCUGAAGGAGGAGAAUGAGCUGGUCGCGCUACGCUCCCGCGAGAAGGAGUCUGAGUUCCGGGCACUGCAGGAGACCAACAUGCAGGUGUCCCUAAUACUCAGGGAGAAGGAGUUUGAGCUGAGCGCCGUCAGUGAGAAGGCCGCCACCAUGGAGACCAUGCUCAAGGACAAAGAACAGGGUAAGUCUGGUGAACUGAACCAGCUGCUGAACGAGAUGAGGUCGAUGCAGGACAAAGCUGUGGCAUUCCAGCAGGAGAGGGACCAGGUGAUGCUGGCUCUAAAACAGAAGCAGAUGGAGACCACCGCUGUCCAAGCUGAAUUACAGCAUGUGAAGGAUAAGGAGCAGCGCCUCAACCUGGAGCUGGAAAGGCUGCGUAACCACCUGCUGGAGAUUGAGGACUCGUACACACGAGAGGCCCUGGCAGCCGAGGACAGAGAAACAGAGCUACGCAGGAGGGUGGCCCUGCUAGAAGAGAGGCUGGCCUCUUCCUCCAGCGCCGUGGAGAACGCCAGCCAACAGGCCAGCAUGCAGGUUGAGUCUUUACAAGAGCAGCUGAGCGGCGUGGUGAGGCAGAGGGACGAAGCGCUAAUCCAGCUCCGCACCUCCCAGGAGCAGGUCAACCAGUAUGCAGUGUCGCUCUCCAACCUGCAGAUGGUGCUAGAGCAGUUCCAGCAAGAAGAGAAAGCCAUGUACUCGGCAGAGCUGGACAAGCACAUGAAGGAGAAGGACGAGUGGAGGAGGAAAGCACAGCAGCUGGAGGACAAAGCAUCUGCCCUCCAGGUGAACCUGGACGAGGCUAACACUGCUCUAGAAUCAGCCUCUCGCCUCACCGAUCAGCUGGACCUGAAGGAGGAGCAGCUCGAGGAGCUAAAAUCACAAGUGGACGUGAGACAGGAGAUGUUGGAAGAAGCACAGAAGAAGCUGAUGAACCUGCUCAAUAGCACCGAGGGGAAAGUAGACAAAGUUCUCAUGCGCAACCUGUUCAUGGGUUACUUCCACACACCUAAGAACAAGCGCAGGGAGGUGCUGAGGCUCAUGGGAAGUGUGCUGGGACUGAACUGCAAGGAGGCUGAAAAGAUGUUUGAGGAGGAUGGUCGGCAGGGGGUCAGUGGCUGGAUGUCCAGUUGGCUAGGAGGCAGAGCAGUACAGAGCGUCCCCAACACCCCUGAAAGACCCACCCGUGACCAGAGCCUUGACUCGUCCUUCUCACAGAUGUUUGUGAAGUUCCUGGAGGUGGAGUCGACCCCGACGUUGCCAGCACCAAAGCUUUCGAUCCUUGACAUUAAGCCUCUGAGUGCCCCACCGCCGCCGCGGAGGACCUCCAGCACUGCCCCCAACCCCACCACAGGAGCAGCGGGAGCCAGCAAGAGAACCAGCGAGUCCAACCCUUUCCUGGCACCCCGCUCCACCGCCGUUCCACUGCUGAGCUCGGCCGGUGCCGGGCCUGGGGGAGCUGGGGGUCACCUCCUGAUGAAGCCCAUCUCGGACGCCCUGCCCACUUUCACGCCUGUGCCGGUCACGGCGGAGGCUAGUGCCGGGGCCGUGCUCAAAGACCUACUGAAGCAGUGAUUGACAGCAUAACGUGCCUCGUUCUUCAGACUUGAAUCUCGUGACAAAAAAAAAAAUUGGCACUACAUCGACCGAGUCCACUGAAUAUCAGUCAUGUUGCUGCUCUUGCUUCAGCUGUCCUGUGCAAUAAUGACUCAACCACACAUAACGAUGAAACCUAGCCUGUUUUUUUUUUCUUUUCUUUUCCAGGAAGGAAUAAAAUCAAAAUUCAGAUGGAGUGCUCUGAGGAAGAGUGUCACAGGUGACCUUUGAACUAUGCAACACAUUCUCCCUUUACAUAUUACUGAAGCACUGUUACAUUCUAAGUGUUGAACCAGGAUGGGCUAUUUAAUGGUGUGCAGAGAUUUUCAAUGAUGCAGCAGCCCCCCGUUCUAAAGGAAGAAAAUAAAAGUUGUUGGCAAGCGUUUGGUUUCUGAAAACUCUUCCGUUCACGUUUCAAGCAGCGCAACACAUUUUGCUAAGAAACUCGACUUGUGCGCAUGGAGAGAUGUCAGGGCAUCCGGUCUGUUAGUAUUUUUGUUUAACGUGCCGCGAGUAGCCCUUUCAAACUUACUCGCUGUGUGCGGGGCAGUCGCACGCAUGUUGGUCCUGUGCAAUCGUUGCCUCAUCGCGAAACGUCUGGUUAUUCAUCAGGCACAACUUGUCUUUUUACUUUUCGAUCCUCCGCGUUUAAAUCUUUUCUCCUCAGCCGUGGAGUUUGCUCUGUCUGCAGCAAUGCUCGCCUGCUACUCUUUGGCACCGCUUGCACUGUUCGGAGAGCUAUGCGGUCCAUUACAUCUGCUAAAACCAUACAAGCUUUUCUGCUAAGUCUUGUCGCUCCCAGACGGCCCGACUGUGAUAUGUGACAUGGAAUGGUAAUUAUAGAUGUACUAGGCAGACUGUGGUUGAUCAGAGGGUUUGACAGCUAGACGGCUCCAAUGAUUAAGUAUAGCUUCAUUAUAAAUAUAUGUAAAUUCAAGGCAUUUUUCAUAUUUAUGGGGACUUGGGAAGUUCUGGAAAAACUAAGUGCCUAGAUGUUUUUGCUAUUUAGAUAAUUGUAUGAUCAGGAUUGUAAAUAAUUGAAUAAAUUAUAUAUAUAUAUAUAUAUACAAAAUGUAUAAACUGCACAUUCGAGAUAGUCUGCAUAACGACGGCUGGUAAACCUUGUAACAUGAGCUGUUCCAUAUUUUUGUAUGGAAAUUCCCAAUCAGCUGCUGCCGCAGACUUAACGUUACAGUGUCCCCCCCCCCCCCCCGUGUGAAUUGACACGGCGUAGAAACUGCUGUGCAUCCAACCCGUAAACGAAUGUUUUGUACUGUGUGUAUAAAAGGAAAAGAAAAAAUCAUAACCGUGAACUUGGAUGACCUGUAAUCAUUGUGAGUGCCACUCUUCUUAAUUGGAUUUUGCUGUUCAAGUUAAAUAAAGGUACCAGUACCCACCAUCCCACUACC